UAUAAAAUAAUUGUUAUUAACGAAUAUAAAACGCCUUAAUACUAAUUACUAAUUUUAAACUAAUGCUGCGACUCAAUUUAACAUUGAUAACUUGAAAAAAGCCAUUUUAACAAUUACAACUCUUAUUUAGUGUACAACAAAAACCACAACUCAAAUUGCAAUUUAAUUUCCUAGCCUACUCCUACAAUACUAAAAUUUAACGGAAGAUCGAACUGGAACAUUACUUCUUAAUCUCGAGAGGAACGGAAAGUACUGUGCGUGAAAAGAGAGAUUAUGUUCCGCGCGUAGUGCAUCGAAUUGAGAUUGGUCCCGCUCGAUUUUGGACGCUGGUCCAUAGAGUCCAAAAAAAUCAUGGACGUGAGCGUGGAGGAGACCGAGCUCGACGUCGGCUCGGCGAGCGACGAGUUGGAGUCGUCGGCCGCGGAAGCGAAGCUCGCGCGACGUCCGACGCCGCGGCCUUUCACCAUCGAGAGUCUGAUCGGCAGCGCACGCGAGGACCACGACACCGGCAGCGGCGGCAUCGCGCGAGAUGACCGGACGAACGGAAGCGAGGAGGAAGAACACCGGGACCGGGAAUACCAACUCUAUCAGAGGCACUAUCUGGCAACGGCGGCGGCAAGCACCCUACCAUCGGGUUUCGGCGUACCGCUCGGAUUGUACAACGCCUGGCUGCCGAUGCGGAUGUACGGCGGCAGUGGUGCAUCCGGUGUUCCGAUGCUGCCGCCGCAGCAUCCGUCUGCCGGCUACCCGGCUCACCCGGAAUUGCAUCAGAGUCGACUGUCGCAGCCCACCACACCGCUGUCCAGUCAUCCGCAGGGAUACUAUCCGUUGGACGGUUGCCGUCGUACCGCGAAUCAGCGUGCGCCCAGUAGCUUCACCGACAGCGAGGAUGAGGAUGGCAGCGUCGGUUCACCAGCAUCGCCGGCUCACGACCUCUCUAAAUCUCGGCACGGGUCCGAGAACGGUCGUGCUUCAGCCGACAGCGAUGAAGAGGCUGGAGCUGCGGGUUCUGGUGAGAAUCAUGACGCUUCCGACGGUGUCGUCAGUGGCGUCGGCAAUACCGCCUCAAGUCCCAACAGGCCCUUAGAGAACGGACAGAACUCAUCGACGUCAGGUGCCGGUGGUAACAAAGCUCGGCGUCGACGUACCGCGUUCACUUCGGAACAGCUGCUCGAGCUGGAACGCGAAUUUCACGCCAAAAAGUACCUGAGCCUAACAGAACGCUCGCACAUAGCGCACGCGUUAAAACUGUCGGAAGUUCAGGUGAAGAUCUGGUUCCAGAAUCGACGUGCCAAGUGGAAACGGGUGAAGGCUGGGCUGAGCGGUGGAGGCGUCGGCGUCGGUUCGGCGGCGGCAACUAUGACGCCCUCCGGCGCUUCUGGUCGUCACAAUGGUGCCACGGGUCAGCACACUUCUGGUACCAGGAUUGUAGUGCCAAUACCGGUGCACGUGAGCCGUUUAGCGGUCAGGUCGCACCAUCAUCACCUGGAGAAGUGCGCGAGGGCGCCGCGCGCGAGACCAACGCCACCUUCGAGCGAUGGUGGAUCCUCGGGAGCGGCGUCGUCGAUAUUGGGCGAUACCUUGGGGUUGGUGAAUUCCUCGGUAAACUUAACCGGCCAGGUACAACCGCCUCUGGGCGCUGGCAUGGGAGUAGAGAUCGGGGUCGGAGGUGGUUUAAGAGCCUUCGCGGUGCCAGCGCAUCGGGCUGGUCUCGGAUCCUCUGGAAGGUAGUGAACGUCGUGGAUGAUGAACUUGAUUGUCCAAUGGUGGGAUGUAAAAGAAACAGAUAGAAAUACAUUGAUAAUCGAUGUAGAACGCGCGCAUAGUAAUAUGGAGUCGAGUCUUUGUUAUGGAAUUGUAUAUAAUGUCGAUCAGAAAUUUAAAAUCGAUUAUGAUAAAUAUGAAUUGUUAUAAAAAAUAAACACAUGCUUUUUCUUUAUCUUAUAUAAUUCUGACUAUUGUAUUCGUUGAGGCAAAAAAUAACGAUUGUUUUUUUAUUAAAUUUAGAUUAUGACGCACAAACAAUAAUUGUAUA